CGGGCUUUUAUUAUGAAGUGGAGCCGUGCUCGCCGCCAUAUUGCCCGGCUAUAGUGUUGUUGAAGCAUGGCGGUGGAGAUGCGGCUUCCAGCGGUUCACAAACACGUUUCCCUGAAAACAGGACAGAGUUCCCGCGAAGACAAACACCUGGUUGUGCCUGGAGAUGUGAUCACCUCCGACACGGGCUUCAUGAGGGGUCACGGCACCUACAUGGAUGAAGACAGACUCACCGCUUCAGUGGCAGGACAGGUGGAGCGAGUCAACAAACUCAUCUGUGUGAAACCGCUGAAGACCAGGUAUAACGGAGAGGUGGGUGAUGUGGUUGUGGGCAGAAUCACUGAGGUGCAGCAGAAGCGAUGGAAAGUGGAGACUAACUCGCGUCUGGAUUCAGUGCUGCUGCUGUCGGCGGUCAAUCUGCCUGGAGGAGAGCUGAGACGUCGUUCCACGCAGGAUGAGCUGGCCAUGAGGGAUUAUCUGCAGGAAGGAGAUCUCAUCAGUGCGGAGGUUCAGUCGAUCUUCUCGGACGGCGCUCUCUCUCUGCACACGCGCAGUCUGAAGUACGGCAAGCUGGGUCAGGGUGUGCUGGUGUAUGUGUCUCCGUCGCUGGUGAAGAGGCAGAAGACACACUUCCACAAUCUGCCCUGCGGAGCGUCGCUGAUCCUGGGGAACAAUGGAUACGUGUGGCUGAGUCCCACACCGGCACUGCAGGAGGAGCAGGCCGGAGGAUUCUACACCAGCAUGGAGCCUGUGUCUCUGUCGGAUCGUGAGGUGGUCUCUAGGCUCAGGAACUGUCUCCUGGCUCUGGCCAAUCAGAAGGUGCUGCUGUUCGACACCAGUGUGCUGUACUGCUAUGAGGCGUCACUGCAACACCAGAUUAAAGACAUCCUGAAGCCGGAGAUCAUGGAGGAGAUUGUUCUGGAAACACGGCAGCGUCUGAUGGAGCAUGAAGGCUGAAACACCGCUCUAUAUAUAAUGCAUAUAACACACACCACAUUAUUCAUAUUUUGUAAUAAAUUUGUUAUAACACCC